AUGUAUAUUAAAGCGGAAUUUGCAAAGAAACAAACGCCUGGCCAAUUUCUUAUAACUACAUAUCAAGUUUUAAAUUAUAUGUCUGGUGUUUUAUAUUUCAUGUCGACAACUGUAAAUCCAUUAUUGUAUAACAUAAUGUCAAAUAAAUUUCGAGAUGCGUUCAAGAACACUUUGUCUCAAUUAUGUGAUCGACGUCAUCGUGGCGGUCAUUACACAACUCGACGUCCUACAUACAGUUCACUUCAUCGUUAUCAAGCCUCAUCUUUACGACGACACCAAAAUAAUUCAAUAUCAAAAGAGAAUCAUUCCGUACAUUCUGAACCAGUAAUGAUACUCGAACACGAUAAUUCAAUACGAUUACAAUCAAUGAAUCAUAAUCAUCACCAUCAUCCAUUACAUCGACAUCAUAACACAGAUAAUCUCUCCGAAUUCAAUCAACCAUUAUCACGUUCUGAGACAACAACAUCUAGUAAAGAAGAUUUACUAUUUCAAUUACAUUCAAUGCCCGAACAUCGUCGUUUAACCAAGUGUAGUACCAUAGUUAAUACAAGCAGCGCUAGUUUACAACGGCACAAUUCAGAAACAUUAUCACGUGCGACAUCUAUAACCACAAUGAGUAAAAUACCCACAUAUCAAUCAACCACGCUAAUGAUGGAACCAAGUGGUACAAGUACAACAGAUAUUAUAAAAGUGACAAAAUUUGGUCGACCAUUGAGCAGUAUUGUAGUAAAAAAAAAGUCCAACCGACAAUUAUUGAAGAAGAGGAAAUCACCGAUUAGUUUUGUAACGUUAGCCCAUCAUUUACGUUCGAUAUUUCAUACACAUUCGCAACAGUGUGAGCAUGGCUUAAAUAUUACACCACAGCAUACGAUUAGUGUUACCAAUGGUGGUGAUAGCGGUAAUAAUAGUGCAAAUACAAUAAGUAAUUCUAGUUUACAAGAUUUAGAUGAAGCUGAAUUUAGUUCAACAGAUUUAGUGAAAUAUAUGGGUGAAUUAAAUCGAACUAUUAUUUAA